GAAAAAUAUUCAUAUACAGAAAUUGUAUAAAAUUGUUUUAAAUGUCAAUUGCUAGGCUGGCCAGCAUUUUCGAAAAUUAUUCAUAGCAGCACACCAGCAAAAGCCAAAGGCCACACAACGAGCUACAAAUGUCGAAUUGUGGGGGUGUUGGUGGUGGUGGCGGCGGCAGCACUGGCGGCGGCGGCGUCGGCGUCAGCGUCUCGGCUGGCGAUUGGAUUUGCCCAGAUAUUGACUGUCGUCAUUUGAACUUUGCGCGUCGCCUGCAAUGCAAUAAAUGCAACCGCGAACGCGAAAUUAGCAACAAUGAAAAGCCAGACAGGGACAGAGAUCGGGAUCGAGAUCGAGGCAAUGGCAGCAGCGGCGGCAGCAGCAGCAGCUCCUCCAAAAAGAAACUGGGCACAGAGAUUGGCAAAGUAGCCGCUGACAAGUCGCGCGGCCUGUUCAGCGCCGAGGACUGGCAGUGCAGCAAGUGUGCCAACGUCAACUGGGCGCGACGCCAGACUUGCAACAUGUGUAAUGCACCCAAAUUCACGGAUGUCGAGGAGCGCACAGGCUUUGGCGGCGGCUACAAUGAUCGUGGCGUAGUGGAGUACAAGGAGCGCGAGGAAUCAGACAGCGAAUAUGAUGAAUUUGGACGCCGCAAGAAACGUAAAAAUAAUGACAGAGGCGGCGGCGGCAGUGAACGCAGCGAUGACGAUGGGCGCGGCAGAGAUGAUGCGAAACGCACGCGACGCAGUGAUAUCGAAGGGGACGAGGAGGAGGAGGAUGACGAGGACGAUGAUGGCGAUUUGUCCAAAUAUGAUUUGUGGGGCGACAAUGAAGUGACCUCAAGCAAUGUGAAGAGCAGGGAGACAGACAAUGGGAAUAGCAACAGCAGCAGCAAGGAGAAGACAACGCCAGCUACCGCGAGCAGUAAAAGAGCAUCACGUGCCUCCACCUCGUCCAUUUCCUCUUCAUCCUCAUCAAGCUCGUCCAGUUCCAGCGACUCGUCAUCAAGCUCAACAUCAAGCAGCUCCAGCAGCAGCAGCGCUUCCCAUGGCAAGCGUGACAAGAAGCGAUCCGACACACGUUCCCGUUCACCGGUUCGGCGCUAGACUUUCAUCAAUUAUAAUCUC